AUUUAACCAGCUUCAACCUGAUCCAGCGCUGUCAAGAAACCCAAGUUUUAUUCUAAUUAACAACUGCUGGAUAGAUCUCAACGGUAAGCUUCUUGCUUGACGAUGGAUACAAUGGACAUCAGUUCAAUGUGAGUCGUGCCGAGAAGAACAUUCCGAUUACAAACCUACGAUAGUUCUACAAAUUUAGUUGAUUAGUACAUUAAGAUGCAGACCUUGCUCAGGUCAGUCCUUGGACUGUGCCUCUUGUGGAGCUGCUGCAUAGACUCUAAUCAUGCGGCGCUGCUUUAUCCCACAAAUUCUGAAUACGGUAUCUUUAUGGCUAUAUCUGUGCCAAUUAGUUUGCCGCAUCGUAAUGUUUUUCUAUCCUACAAUUAUGAGUUUAAUUAUUAUCAACCCGAGCAUGUUUACAAAUUUCCACCAAUUUUGAUGGGGCAAGAUUUUGAGGAUGGUUAUCUGACAUAUCCCACACAUAAUGCUCGGGAAGGUAGAUCGUGUGCGAAUUGUACACUGAGUGAUAAUAGUACGCAAACGCAGAGCAUAGAAACUCCAUCGGAGCAGCAGAAAUCAUCAGAGACACUAGCAAAGCACCGAGAAAGACGUAAUUUGCCGAUGAUAUCGCGUAAAACCUUCUAUGCCAUGAUCAGUGAUAAGUUAGAUAGAUCUGGUUAUCCCGCAGAGGCCUGUUUGCUGCGUUUGAUAUGCGAAACGAAUGCCUCAACGCUGGGCGAGAUCAAUGGACUAUUGGGCAACAUUGUGCAUGUUAUAUUUAGCCCCAGCAGCUCCAGGGAUGAGCAACUACCCAAUGCCUACUAUCAAGCCGAGUCCGAUGGACUGCAGCAGCAAUGUGCGAAUUACGAUGACAACUGUCCACACAAUGUAUUGGAUUUGAUCUCGGUGCCCGUGGAGCGAGUAAUACAAGAUCUUGUACACAGAAGAAGAAGAAAAUAAAUGAUUGCGCGCAACGCAUUCAAAUACA